AAAUGGAGGAGGUGCUGUGGUGAGCGAUAAGUUGUGGAGUGAGGGCGGCGGGAGGCGUGAGCGGCUAGUAGUCAGUCAGUCGUCCUCUCCCCGUCGUCCAGUCAGGAAAGGCUCUAGCAGGAUGGAAGUGACAGCCGUGGACAAGAAGAAAUACGAGCAAUAUAUUCAGGGCACCAUCCAGAAGUACAAGGCAGCCAAGCAAGACCUGGAGAUCAAGUUUCGCAAUACUGUGCGCCGCCCCGGAACAGACACUCCUGAACCGGGCAGCGCUGCUUCCUCGCCCAUGCUUCCCAGGGCCGCCAAGGUCGAGACUGCCUCACCCUUGUUAGCCCGAGCUGCAAAGGGCGAGUCUGCUUCCCCAGUGCCUCUCAGAUCCUCCAAGGUAGCUGCCGAGAAGCCUCUAAUCAGGAAGGCUCUAGCCACCGAAGCGACGCCAGAAAACUCAAGCACACCCGGCCGUCCCAGCGGAAAGGGAAGCAUCUCUAAUAGGAGAGGACUGGGGGCAAGGAGCGCCACGGCCGCGGUCAUCAAAGCUCCAUCCAGAGACAGGCAAGGACACGAUGCCUCAGCAAAGCCUCGCCUCCACAGACAGGACACGGGGAUUCCAAGACUGAAAAUGCCUCCCUCCAGGAAGUCUGUGUCUCCUCGCAGCAGUCUUAGCAAGUCACCGUCGACGCUGACCAGUGAAAGUGUUGUCAAGUUGAGAAGAACUCCAACGCCGACCAGCUCCACCAAACCCUCCUUCACUCAACGUCCUGGCGGCCUCACCAGACACAACACCUCGGUCACGAUUCGGAGCGUGCCCAGGACUAGUCCCACCCACAGGAGUGACGAUGCCAGGGGCAAGGCAGCCGCCAGCGACGCAUCCACAGCGGUGCGGAGGACUGAAGCCAAACACCUUGAGGUUCGCCGACGAGAGAAGACCUUCAUCCCGGAGGCGCGGCCCAGGCUGGGUACCAGCUCACUCACUGGCUCGGCGUCCUCAGCUUCGCGUCUUCAGGGUCGUGUUUCGAGCACUAGGGCAUCAACAGUUGAUAAGAAGGGCACAUCAAGUUCAAAGGCACGUGAGGAGCUGGAGGCAGACAAAGGUGAUCACUCCUCGAAGGCCCCGCCGCCGAGCCGACCACCUCAAAGCCGUCUGGCGCGACUCAUUCGCCGGAACACAGAAAUCAUAGACACGAAAAGCAGCGUCUCGCGGCGGGGCAACUUGGGCAUCAAGACAGGUGAAGGAAGACUUGCUUCCCGCCGUGUGUCCCCGGUGGGUGACCAGACCCUAAAGCCUCGGCCUGACAGCAAGACACGCGAUGGCCGAGCCACGUCCUCCAUACCCACCACACGCCGCAUAUCUGAUGAUGUCACCACCCCCACCACCAGCACUUCAGCCGCCAAACAGACUGAUGGAGCCAAGCUACGGAUGCGGUUACCCAAAAUCAUGCUAAGCCGCACCGACAGCAGGAGCAAGAAGUCGCAGCCAGAGAAGCCAGAGGUCGCCGAGAGGACCUCCAGAAAGAGCGGUGGGGUCAGCAACAGCGCCAGCAGCAGCAACAACAGCAGCAGAUCUAUGGGUUUGAGUGUGCCGCCGCGCCGCCGCUUCAUUGAUCUGUCUCCUUCCGCCCUCCUUUCCGGAGUUCGGAGGAUGGCCUCCAGAGGGCACGAGGGGUCUCCCCUCCCCUCAGUGACGUCACCCACCAAUGACAACAAACCUGACGGGAGGGGAGCCGCGCCUCUCUACCUAGAUUUCGAGGGGAAUAUUCGUCCUAGCGACUCGGCGGAGUGUUUGUCUGCCGGUGGCGUGAAGGGGCGGGAGGCGCGGCGGCCCAGGGACGCUGCCAAGUCGCCGGAGGGCAGCCAGGGGGCUGGCAGGGCGCGGGCUAACGCCGAUAUAGUACAGAAAUAUAACAGCUUCAAUUACUGGCGGCGACGCCUGCCUGACGUGACCAGUGAGCUGAAGGGCAAGCACUCCCGCCGCCUGGAUGUGAAUGGCAACUCGAGUGCAUCUGUCAUCGGAGGCAACGCGGCGCCCUCCACGAAGCCCACUAGCGAUCACACCCAGAUCAGGCCAAGAUCCCAUAGCCGCAGCCUAAGCCCGAAGCCAGGCAGGUCUCCUCGGCUCGGCACCCUCGUGCUGUUAGACUCCGAGGUCGGAGAAUCUACCAGUGACCCGGAGCCUCACACCGGGAGGUUCCCGAGAGUGACCCCCCUCAGCGACCACCACCUCGACCUCGCCCUUCGUCGCCACAUUGAUCUCGACGACGACGACGAUGUGGAUGAGGAGCAGCUCCACCUCGCCCGCCUGCGCCUGAAGUCCGGUUCCUGCGACUAUUCUAGAUUGGUGUCGGCGCGGCCCUUCCACACCCUCGGGGGUCGAUCCCUCUUGGGCGGCAGCAGCCACCACCUGGGCCAACACGAGGGCCUCACCCGGAGGAAUUCCGUGCCUGUUGACAUCCUACGGGGUUUGUUCGGUCCCUUCAGAAGGGGUCGCGUAGAGCCUGAACCACAGCAGCCACGGGAAAGCUGGGCCACCACCGCCUCGGAGGAGACCCCCCACAGCCACCCCGGCGCCUGGGCCCAUCCUGACCUGUACGAGGAAGACGGGCGUGGACCGGAAUAUUACCUUGGUGACGAGGAAGUUUUCGUUGCUGCCGCCGACAUGGGUAACAUCCAGGGUGCUGAGGGCAAGAAGGCCGGGAAGGGCGAAAAGAAGGCCAAAGCCAGGGGUAAGAUAACCAAAGGCAAGUCUCCUUCCAAAGGAAAGCUUCACGGCAGUCGUGACACCCUGCAGGAAGGCAGCAUUGGAGAGCCGCCCACGCCUUCCCCCACCAGGCCCGAGGGGAGCAGCCUUCACCCCUCCUCCUCCAGCCGCCCUGUGCCCGCCCACGCCUCUGAGCGACCCAAGCCCAUCAUCACAGAGUCAUGGAAAGAGGCGCGGCGACCAGAAACCUUAACUGCAGGCCGUGCCCUUGGUGGGGACUCAGCCGUGGGCUUCGUCGAUUCGUCAUCCAGUUCGGAGUCUGUCUUCACCGAGGCACGCAGUGGGGGAGGUCCUGCUAGUCAGCACGACGCGGUGACGCCCUUGGACGGGGCUACGACUCCCAUGUUUUCUGAGGCCCUGGACUUGCCAAUCGACGCCAUCAUAUCCGGCCACUACAGCUCAAGCGACACCUCCACAGUUUCCUCGCGACCCACCACCCUUGCAGAUUCUCUGCAGUCUACGACGAAUAGUACUCUCGACAUUUUAGAGAAAACGUGUCGUGCCGCAUCUCAAACUCAUCUAGAUACAUUAAAGAAAACGAGCAGCAGAGGUGAACGAGAGAAAACGUUGGAAGGGUCAUGGGAGAGUGGAGGGAAGGAGCCUGCGGCCAUGCCCCCCCAUUCUUCCCCCCGUCAGGUAGAGACAACAACAGACACGCGAGUCGAGGCGGGCCAGUACGCCUCUAUCCUCGGCCCUGCGCCGCCGUCGCCCCGUCCAGGCGAGGGAGAGGCAGGUGAGGCCCUUGACGUGCUCAGUCCCGAAGGUGUUGAUAUAGAAUUAAGUGAACGUGAAGUGUUCGAGUUGGACAGAGAGUGUGUGGAGAGUGAGCAGUCACAGAGACCUCUCCGCCUCGGCUCGGCCCCGCACAGUGGCGAGGAGAGUCUCGGUUCCUUUAUCUGUGUGGACCUCGACCGUCCCGCCGCCAGGGUCAAGGCGCAGUCACUCGGGGACCAGCAUGACCCAGAAAGUGAGAUCAGGCUUGCUGACGAUAAGCCCAGGUCAUUCUCGACCGACGAUUUUCAUCUAGAUCCUGACGAUUACAUCGACGAGGAGUAUUCCGGCGAGGACGACAUGCCCCAGGCGUCAGCGGGGGGGCGGGCUAGCAGCGGAGGCAGCAGUGCCUUCAGGGUGUCUCGCCACAGGAAGGUUGAGCUGCAGCCUGCUAAGCCCUCCGCCUCCCGCAGCCUCGUCAGCAGCAGCAGCAGCAACAGCAGCAACAAUAACAACAACAACUCUACCAAGAGCAGAGCUCUCUCGGAAAACUGCAUCACCGUAGGCAAUGGGAGUGAGCAGCAGCGAGGACGGCGGAGCGGGAGCAGCGGCGACACGGGCGUGGUGGACAGCAACGUGUUGCGGAAGGUGGCCUCCCUCACCCUGGACCGAGCCACCAUCGAGAAGCGCGUCACCAAACCCAAAUUUGUCCCAGAGAAGCUCGACUUCAAAAUUUACGAAAAGUUCGAAGGUCAGAUGCUGAUCAAUUGGUUCGUGAGCACCUUCAGUGAGGAGCACUACAUGCGUCACGUGGUGGCCCCGCAGGACCUCAAGAUCAUGGCCACGCAGUUCUGCACGCAUCUGCUGGCGGCGGGCGUUAUCCGUCAGAUUGAGGACGCCAGUGUCCCCAUUGAACUACUGUUUAGGCCAGAUCUCAUGUAUUACUGGGCCCAUACGGAAGCCUCCCCGGCUCAAAUACUGACCCCAGGCAAAAUAUCACCCACUGUUUGGCCUCCUCCAAACUUUGCAGAAUCUCUCUCUUCUACUCGCCCUGGUGCCAAGUACACAGAAGCAGACCCUGCCUCACUGGAGGGUGAUGCAGGCAGUGCUAGCGAAGUAGAGGGGCUGAUCGAAGAGCAGCCAAUAGAAAAUGGGGAGGGAGAAGAGUUUCAACAGGUUGUCAUGGGACUAAAACGAGAGCACAAAGAGUCCUUAGACAGGAUACAGCAAGGGCAAGAGGUGUCACUUUUCAAUUUACGAGGGGAACAAGCAGAGAAGCUGUGCCAGUAUGAAAAGCGUAUCCGAGAGUUGGAAAUGGAGGUAGAGAAGCUCAGAACUUUUUCAGCCAUCCAGGAACUCACUGCCAAGACCAAAGCUGACUUUGACACCCCAAGCACACUUGCAAGACCCUCAGCUGAUGGUGGCCCCUCUUCUCCAACCCUGGUCCCUCCUCCCCCUCCCCCUCCCCCUUCAUCAGUGCAAGGUGUGGCCAGUAUUUCCCCUCCCAGUCCCGGCAUGCCCUCUCUCCCCUCCCCACCACCUCCCCCAGGGAUGGGAGCACCAGCAUCACCUACUGGAAUGCCUGUACCUCAGUCUCCUGCUGCUGCUCCUCCUCCACCCCCACCUCCUCCUCCUCCUCCUGAAACUAGCAUGUCACUUCCUGCUGUGCCUCCUCCACCUCCUCCUCCACCUCCGGUUAUGGGUGACUUUCCUCCUCCACCGCCGCCACCACCACCUCCAGGAAUGGCCGGGCCACUGCCGCCUCCACCACCACUGCCACCACCAGGGAUAGGAGGACCACCACCACCACCACCUCCUCCUCCUCUUCCAGGGAUGGGUGGGCUGCCUCCUCCUCCUCCUCCUCCUCUCCCAGGAAUGGGAGGUCCACCCCCUCCUCCUCCUCCUCCUCUUCCUGGGAUGGGAGGUCCUCCCCCUCCUCCUCCUCUUCCUGGGAUGGGAGGUCCUCCUCCCCCUCCUCCUCCUCCUGGAAUGGGUGGUCCCCCUCCUCCACCUCCUCCUCCAGGAAUGGGCGGCCCGCCUCCUCCUCCUCCUCCUCCAGGCAUGGGUGGUCCACCCCCUCCACCCAUGCCUGGUGGAGGACCUCCACCUCCUCCAAUGGCUCCAGGAAUGAGGCCACCAGGAGGGCCCACUCCCUUCCCAGCACCUCCACCGGGUGGUUGGAAUGCCUCCCGCCCAGCCGUAUUGCGUAAAAAGCCCAUUAACCCCAAGAUGGCCAUGAAGCCACUGUACUGGACCAGAAUUCAGCUUAGCACACCUAAAGUGGAAAAGCCCGAGUCCCCAUCUGAAGCAUCUGAAGAGGAAGAUGGUGAUGCACCGUCUGAGGAAAAGCCAGCUGAAAUUGAAGAUAAGGAAUCAGAGGAUACAGAAAUGAAAGAAAAGAAAGAGGAUAGUGAAGAUGAAAAUAAAUCUGAAACUACAAAAAAGAAAAAGACCAAAAGAUCAUCAAAGAAAAGGAGGAUCUCAGGUGUUCCCCUAUGGGAUGAGUUGGAAGAGGAAGAAUUUGAUGAAACAGAGUUUGUGGACUUGUUUGCAAGGCAAGUCACUCAACCAAAGAAAAAGGAAAAGAAAGAAGCCAAGCCUGCUAAGGUUAAGGUAGCAAAAGUAUUAGACAGUAAGCGAUCUCAAAAUGUUGGAAUCUUCAUUACAAGUCAACAUUUAGACAUUGCUGAUGUUGAAAAUGCCGUGUACAACUUUGACACCUCCGUCUUGGAUCAGGAGGUGCUGCAGCAGCUUUAUGAAGUGCGUGGGAGUGAAGCAGAGGUCAAUAUGAUCAAGGCCCAGCUUGAAGCCAUGCCAGAUGUCCCUCUAGACAAGCCAGAGCAGUUUCUUCUUGACCUGUCAAAAAUUAAUGAGUUUGCAGAGCGGACAGCGUGCUUCAUGUUCCAAGCAACCUUUGCUGAGGAGGUGGAAAUCAUACAUAAACGAAACUCAAUGCUGCAUUCUACUAUUGAUGCACUGACAAGUAAUAGCAUCAAGAGAAUAUUUGGACUUAUCCUGGCCAUUGGGAAUUACAUGAAUGGAGGCAACAGGACACGAGGACAGGCUGAUGGCUUUGGAUUAGAGAUCCUCCCUAAGAUCAAAGAUGUGAAAAGUAAAGAUUCUUCAUACACUCUUCUACAUUUCAUAGUGAACAAAUAUAUUGAGAAAUAUGAGGGGGAUGAAGCAGGCACAGACAAAGUUCAGCUGCCCAUUCCUGACCCUUACAUGGUGGAGCGAAGUUCCAACUUCAAAUUUGAAGACCUUGAAGCAGAUUUGAAGGAAAUAGGAAAAAACCUUAAAGUGUGUCAAAAUCGUGCUGAGAAAGUCAUUGAGAAAUCUGAUGAGGAGCACCUUCAGCCCUUCAAGGACCGCAUGACGGACUUCUUUGCAAAAGCCAAAAAAGAAAUAGAAGCAGAGGAGAAAUACCUAAGUGAAUGCAAGGCACAAUUCAACUUAGUCAUGAAGUACUUCCAAUUCACUGGCAAAGGAACAGAAGUAACACCCUAUGACUUCUUCAGUGUUUGGUCACCAUUUUGCAACGAUUUCAUGAUUAUAUGGCAGAAGGAGCAGCUCAAAAUUGUCAAGCAGAGAAUGAAGGAAGCAGAAGAAAAGGUAAAGAAGAUGACUGAAGAGAAGAAGGAUGUUGCCAAGAAAACUAAAGAAGCAGGUGGGCUUAAAAGCAAAUUGAAAGAUAAGUUGAAGACAAAGUAGUAAUAUUGACAUUGGAAUCUCUAAUACAAAGAGGGUGUCAAUAGGUGGACUUGGAAUGGGAAUGCAGCAGAUCCCAGGUUAGUCAUGAAGCUGGUGUUCAUUCCAUGAUAGCUUGUAGUUGUGAUAUCUACAUGUGGUAUUGUAUGUACUAUGAAUGAGACUGCUAAUUUCUCUUUUUAGCUGGAGAUAAGAAUGUUACAUAAUCACUUUUCUAUGUAUAUAGGAAGGAUUAAUUAGUGUAAUUUUUUAUAUGAGGUGUAAUAAAGUUGGUAGCUUUUAGAGGAGCAAGAAACAUAUAAUUUUCUAUAAAAAUACAAAAAGUCAUGGAAAGAUUUUAUAGAGUUUUCAGUCAGUGUUCAUAAUAAUUUAGAAUAAGCCAGAUGGAAGCAGUUGCUUCUGAGCUACACUGUGAUAGCUUGGAAGGAGAUCCUUUCCCUGAGCAGACAUUUUUCAUGUGGUUCACAAGAUGGUGCAGUGAUGAAGGUGGAGGUUGGUGUGUGUUACAUUAUUGAAAGAAUGUCCAGUAUAUGUAUAAUUUAGUGCCAUUUGGACAUGCUCAGGGUACAUUUUCUCCUUCAGAAACUUGGAUUAAAUGCCUUAUUGACCAUAAAUAAAAUGAAAUAGGUAAAAUCUCUGCAUAUGCCUUGUGUUUGCAAGCAAUUGAGAGAUUAAAAUCCAAACUUGUACCAGAUACUGUAUUUAGUUUUCUCACUUUUUUUUAUGGUCUUUUGAAUACUUAAAAGCACAAAACCUCAUCCUUGCUGGCUUUUGUAAGGUGCAUUUUUGGGUCAAGUUUUGGUUGUAUAUUGUGUUUUUCGUUUCUAGUUUUGGACACUUACAUACAGUGGCAUAUAAGCAUUUCUGGUUAUGAUGCUCUUUGAAUAAAUUGGUGCAUCUAAAAUUUUGCUUAUAGUUUAAGUCGUUAUCAGAAUUUUUAAUGCUUACUGUUAUCAUUGUUAUCACUUAUUUCAAGUAUUAAGAGUGGGUUCAUCAUUUCUACAUCACUCAGAGAUACACACUAAAAUGCGAACUAUUAUUGAUAGUCUUGGCUGGAUUUCAGUACAUUGUAAAACAAACUCAUAUAUAUACAAACCUAAGAAGGCUAUUAAGAAAAAUAAGUACAGUACCCCCACUGAGUUUCACAGUAUCCAAGUUUUGUGGUCCUUGAGUUUGGUGCUGGGUCCUAAAUUUUUACCAUCCUGACUUUCAUGCAUUAUCUCCCUGAGUUUUGCACUUUUAUCACAUAUGGGUCAUGCAUUUGUACCAUUGCUGUCACGGAUAGUAAAAUUAGAUAUAUAUGUGCUACAUAUUGUAUGUGUAUUUCCACAUACGGUUUACAUUUCUAAACAUGCAAAUUCUAUAUGUGGAUAAAUCACUUGCUAGCUACAACACAAGUCAUGCCAGCUUGCAUGUGGGAGAGGGGGAGAGGAAGGUCAGCAACGGUGCAGCUGCAUUGCAAAAAAAAAAAAACACACAAACAAAUGAGAGGUCUCUGGCAGAUGCAUUGGCAUUGCACUGCCACAGCUCAGCGUCAUGCUGGAUGUGAGGACAAAACACGUACUCGCACAGUUCUGGGCCAUGUGUUUUCAAUAUCCCAAGUGCUGUGAUCCUCAAGUUUAAUGGUAUGCCUUUGGAAGAAAACAAGUGCAAAACUCGAGGGGGUACUUUAUAAUGACUGAAUUACAUGUAAAAAUCACACAUUUAUUUCAAAAUAAUGGAGAAGGAAAAAGAGUAUGGAUUUAUUUGCAUACAAAUGGAUUAAAGUAAUUUGCAGUCUGAAAUUUAAAGUGAAAAUAUUUUUGUUGAUUGGAUGAUCAAUUUCAGCUCUGAAGUAAAUGAAAGCUAAAAUAAUUACCAAUUUAUAACCAGUUGAGUGAAAAAUUGAUAAAAAUGUUCUAAUGACCAUUUACACCCUUCAUUAAAAUCAUCCAUACAUUUUCAAUGCAAUGAUAUUGUAUGUGAAGAAUAACCUUUUACUUAAAGUGAAUUAAUAAGACUGAAUGAAAAAUACUUUUGAUUAAAUUUAAAACAAGAAAUAGUUUAUUCUUUUUCAUUUUCUUAUUAAGAAUUUAUUCUUCACACCAAUACUUUUUCUCAUUUCCAUUGUCAUCAUCAUCAUUACUUUAAUGUCAUUGCAUCACUGCAGUCCUUCGGGUUGUUUAUGUUUUACUCUCUCACAUAGUUCUAAAAGUGACAUGGCACCUUAAUAAGCCUUAAUAAGGCAAGUGUGUGUGUGUGUGUAUGGUUUUCUGUGGGAUGUAUAUCAGAUUAGGAACAUACAUGAGGGAAGAUUAAUCAAAAUUGCGUGACUCAGUGAAUGUGUUGUAUAUUGUGAAUCUUUAAUGAGUUCCAUAAAUUUUGUUUAGAUGGUGAAGUGAUUAACUUAGUGAAUCCGAAAGUUCAUGAAGGGAUACCACAGGAUACAUAAUUUCUGAUCUUUUUUCUUUUUCUCUUGCAUUAUAACUAAAUAAAACUGAAGUAUUAGUGACUUAUCUAUUUUUGGAAAAAAAUACAAUUUGAGGAAGAUUGUCACCUGUUUGUUUACUUUAGAGAUGCUGACAUGUUGUGCAGCUUUCUGGCUACACAUUCUUUCUGUAGAUGCAGUGUUUCAAUUGUGUGUGUGUUCCUGCAGGUGUGAAUAUUUGCCUGCAUGAAUGUGCAUGUGUUUGUGUGUGUGUGUGUGUGUGUGUGUGUGUGUGUGUGUUCCUUCCUCUCAGGUGCCCAGGAUCUCAUGGUGUGUGGUGGCUAAGGUGCUUCCAGCAAAGGCAUUGGGUGGUGCCUGGUGAAGAAAAUCCACCUGCUUUUUCAUGUAGCAACUUUAUAUUAUAUAAGAGGACUGCUGGUAAUAAACAGAUUUGUUAUGUAA